GGUGGGGGUAUUGUUUGGAGGCUGGCGGAUUUGGGUCAGCAUGCAUAUUCGUCCCAGGCUGCUAGAUACUGAGGUGAGGACCCCUAGUGGAGACGUAGGGACCAGCAACGCUAGAACAGUGACGUCCAGUAGCGUCCAGCCGUCAGCCCUCAGUCGCCACGGGCUGCCGGAUGUGAGUCAUCCUGACUUCCGCUUUGAAAAAAAGACCCGAGCGGAUGUGGCUCAUCCUGACUUCCGCUUUGGAGGCGAGGACCCGAGCGAGUGUAGGGGGUGCGGCGUCUGGUCAGCCAGAGGUGAAUUCUCAGGACUGGUCGGCAGUCAAGCCAUCAUGCCUCGUGGUCAGAAGAGUAAGCUCCGUGCCCGUGAGAAACGCCGCAAGGCCCGAGAUGAGACCCAGGGUCUCAAUGUUCCUCAGGUCACUGAAGCAGAGGAAGAAGAGGCCCCCUGCUGUUCCUCUUCUGUUUCUGGGGGUGCUGCUUCAAGCUCUCCUGCUGCUGGCAUUCCCCAGAAGCCUCAGAGAGCCCCAACCACUGCCGCUGCUGCGGCUGCCCGUGUUUCAUCCACAAAAUCUAAAAAAGGUGCCAAGAGCCACCAAGGUGAGAAAAAUGCAAGUUCCUCCCAGGCCUCAACAUCUACUGAGAGCCCAAGCGAAGAUCCUCUAACCAGGAAGUCAGGGUUGUUGUUGCAGUUCCUGUUGUACAAGUAUAAAAUAAAAGAGUCCGUUACAAAGAGAGAAAUGCUGAAAAUUGUUGGCAAAAGGUUCAGGGAGCACUUCCCUGAGAUCCUCAAGAAAGCCUCUGAGGGCCUCAGUGUUGUCUUUGGCCUUGAGCUGAAUAAAGUCAACCCCAACGGCCACACUUACACCUUCAACGACAUGGUAGACCUCACUGAUGAGGAAUUGCUGCUCAGUUCCUGGGACUUUCCCGGGAGAAAGCUUCUGAUGCCUCUCCUGGGUGUGAUCUUCUUAAAUGGCAACUCUGCUACUGAGGAAGAGAUCUGGGAAUUCCUGAAUAUGUUGGGAGUCUAUGAUGGAGAGGAGCACUCAGUCUUUGGGGAACCCCGGAAGCUCAUCACCAAAGAUCUGGUGCAGGAAAAAUAUCUGGAGUACAAGCAGGUGCCCAGCAGUGAUCCCCCACGCUUUCAGUUCCUGUGGGGUCCGAGAGCCUAUGCUGAAACCAGCAAGAUGAAAGUCCUGGAGUUUUUGGCCAAGGUAAAUGGUACCACCCCCUGUGCCUUCCCAACCCAUUACGAAGAAGCUUUGAAAGAUGAAAAGAAAGCCUGAGUCUGAGCCAGAGUUGUAGCCAGGCCUUGCACUACUGCCAUAGCCAAUCAAUCUCCCAAAGCCAAGUUUACCUGCUGUUCUCACCCCCAAUGAGGUCUUAGGCAGAUUCUUUACUUUGUAAUUCAAAAGGCCUGUUAACCUUUGUUCUUGUUAUGCAUGAAUAACUUGUUGACUUUUUUUUUUCUCUUUUUCAACUAGUGUUUCAACAGGUUUAUUUAGAUUCAGAAUGUAAAUUUACAAAUGAUAUAGAUCACCCUGUUAUUGCUGUUUUUCAGGGACAGUAGAAAGUGUUUUGUUUUUUGAGUGAAACAACUUAUUAAUAAAAAUCCUUAAAUCACUUCUGUAAUCCAGGACAAGAAAAUGUGGCAUUACAAUAGAAAUAUCUUUGGAAAUGUGAAAGACCCCAUAGUGAAAUAUUUGGGAUCAGAAGCCAGACGGGUAAAAAUGGUCAAUUCUUGGUUUACUUCAUUUAAUCUUUCUUUUCAUAAAGAUACAUACCUGGAUUUGUUUAUGUUAUUCAAGAAUGUGUGAGAAAUUAAACCAUAGUUAGUUAA